GUCGCUCAAAAUGUGUGUAACAAAAGUUAUUUUAGGCUUUUAUCAAUGAUUUCACGAAAGUUAGGGGGUUAUUUCAGCAAAUAUACUAUCAAGGAAGGACUAGUGGAAACUUCGAUUGGUUUUUUGAACCAACUGUCGCGGCGGAGGGAUUGUGCAUCGAUGGUGAAGGCACUGCAAGGCGCGGCGGAUGUCAACCAAUUGAUGGAUCAGUUAGAGCGUCAUUGCCUGGCUCCCGAUGGAUCUCUUGUCACCAAAUCAGCCUACUACGAUCUCCAGCUCGCGAGAGAGGAGAUGUCUCGGGAGAGAUUGCGUUACUUGGAAGCUAUGGCUAUCUAUUGUGAAGCUGUCGCUAUGGUAGAAGAGUAUCAGCAAGCUCUUUCUUUGCCUAACCAUGUGGGAACUCGGGAUGUUCAGGGUCUUUUCCCUCAGGUUUAUGAGACUUUAGAGCAUAGGUUGGUGGUUGCUGAGGCAGCUCAGAAACUUAGGCUACCUCUUAUUUCAGAUGAUGGUGAAAUUCACGAGGAAGAUAUCGAAAAGUGGAGUAUACUAUCAAGAAGCUCUCUUGAUAGUGCGAGCACCACGAGUUUUACAAUUAGCUCCGCUUCUAACUCGGUGAACUAUGCGAACAGCUCUGCAAACAGUCUUGGUGCUGCUCCUGAUACUGACGUAGUUGGUGGUGUGCCGAAUCGCUUUCUUGGAAUAACCCCUGCUUAUUUAUCAUAUGUCCAGCUUCAAAAUACUAUGUCCAUGGAUAUGGCUGACUACCAAAUGUUUCUUGCCCGUGAGAUAGAAGGUAGGCUGAAGGAAAAGUGUGAUAAGUUGGCUGAUGCCAUUGUUGAUGACACUGAUUCAUCCACAGGAAAUCAAAAUUCAAGUGCUAGGCUCCCAGAAAGGGUUAAGUUUAUAAUUGAGGAGAUUGAAAGAGAAGAGGCAGCUCUACGAGAGGACCUCUACUCGGCUGACAGGAAGUUUGCAGAAUAUUACAAUGUCCUGGAACAAAUACUCGGGGUACUUAUAAAGCUUGUGAAGGAUCUGAAGUUAGAACAUCAACAUAAAUAUGAUGAGAUGCAGAAGACUUGGUUGUGUAAAAGGUGCGAAACCAUGAACGCAAAAUUAAGGGUUUUAGAACAUAUUCUCCUCCUUGAAACAUACACCCCUGAAUCCAUACCAGCCUUGCACAGCAUCAGGUCUUUAAAUCAACUUUUCCAGAACUAUAUUUCGUACUAUCAACUCACAGAGAAGCCUGCUCUCACCUCUAAUUUUGUUUCGUAUUUUUUUUCCAGGAACUAUCUAGUGGAAGCUACCGAGGAAGCUUCAGCUGCAUACAACAAAGCGGUUACACGUCUCAGAGAAUACCAAGGAGUGGAUCCUCAUUUUGAUACAAUUGCGAGACAGUACCAUGACAUUGUUAAGAAACUAGAAAACAUGCAGUGGACAAUCCAUCAAGUAGAAAUGGACCUUAAAGCGCAUGCUUGAGAUCGCUAGAUUCAUCUAUAUAACUGUUUCAUUCACUACUAGUAGUCUAAUCUCUUCCUUUGUUGUAUCUAUUACUAUGAUUUUGUCCUUCAAAUCUCUCACAAAUGAAAAGAACAAACUAGAUUUAUCA